CCAGCCCCACCAAAGUGUUUCUCAGCAUCUUCACAUCUUCACAUCACAACUUCCAUCAUGGCCCGCACCAAGCAGACCGCCCGUAAGUCCACUGGUGGCAAGGCUCCCCGUAAGCAGCUCGCCUCCAAGGCUGCCCGCAAGAGCGCUCCCUCCACCGGAGGUGUCAAGAAGCCUCACCGUUAUAAGCCCGGUACCGUCGCUCUCCGUGAGAUUCGUCGUUACCAGAAGUCCACCGAGCUCCUGAUCCGCAAGCUCCCCUUCCAGCGUCUGGUUCGUGAGAUUGCUCAGGACUUCAAGAGCGACCUUCGUUUCCAGUCCUCUGCCAUCGGUGCUCUCCAGGAGUCCGUCGAGUCUUACCUCGUCUCCCUCUUCGAGGACACCAACCUGUGCGCCAUCCACGCCAAGCGUGUCACCAUCCAGAGCAAGGACAUCCAGCUCGCCCGCCGCCUCCGUGGUGAGCGCAACUAGAUGGAGACUUUGGGAGGAUUUUGCAGGACAUGACUUUGCUUUUACUACGAGUGUUUCUGGGGUCAAGGGAUAAUCAGGCGUUACAAAUGAGAGUUUUUAUUCCCCUUUAUGGUUCGGAAUGUAUAUUACCAGUGCAGUCAGGGAAAAUGCACUGCAUAAAUGCAAACGAGGUUCACGGCCUCAUGGGUUAACGAACUAUAAUAACUGCAUCACUUCACAUCUUG